CGUCCCAGAAGUCCCUGAAGAGCUGCGGCGCCGCGGAGGCGACUCGUUGGUCCCGGGGAAGAUGGCGGCGCCGGGGCCGGGGCGUUAGUGCAGUGCGCACCGCGGACGCCCGCUCGGCCUGGCACACAGGCCGGCAGCAGGAGCCGGCGCCAUCCCCAGAGUGGUACGACCCGGGGUCUACGGCAGGUGGGAUGAUGGACCUGGCCUACGUGUGCGAGUGGGAGAAGUGGCCCAAGAGCACUCACUGCCCGUCCGUGCCUCUGGCCUGCGCCUGGUCCUGCCGCAACCUCAUCGCCUUCACCACGGACCUGCGCAGUGAUGACCAGGACCUGACCCGCGUGAUUCACAUCCUGGACACGGAGCACCCCUGGGACCUGCACUCUGUUGCCUCGGAGCACAGCGAGGCCAUCACCUGUCUUGAGUGGGACCAGUCAGGCUCCCGGCUUCUGUCAGCGGAUGCUGAUGGGCAGAUCAAGUGCUGGAGCAUGGCGGACCACCUGGCCAACAGCUGGGAGAGCUCGGUGGGCAGCCUGGUGGAGGGGGACCCCAUUGUGGCCCUGUCCUGGCUGCACAACGGGGUGAAGCUGGCAUUGCACGUGGAGAAGUCAGGUGCCUCCAGCUUUGGCGAGAAGUUUUCCCGGGUCAAGUUCUCGCCGUCCCUCACGCUGUUCGGGGGCAAGCCCAUGGAGGGCUGGAUCGCGGUGACAGUCAGCGGCCUGGUCACUGUGUCGCUGCUCAAGCCCAGCGGGCAGGUGCUGACAUCGACCGAGAGCCUGUGCCGGCUGCGCGGCCGUGUUGCCCUGGCGGACAUCGCCUUCACGGGCGGUGGCAACAUCGUGGUGGCCACGGCGGAUGGCAGCAGCGCCUCACCCGUGCAGUUCUACAAGGUGUGUGUGAGUGUGGUCAGCGAGAAGUGCCGCAUAGACACUGAGAUCCUGCCCUCACUCUUCAUGCGCUGCACGACCGACCCCAACCGCAAGGACAAGUUCCCUGCCAUCACCCACCUCAAGUUCCUGGCCCGAGACAUGUCCGAGCAGGUGCUCCUGUGCGCGUCCAGCCAGACAAGCAGCAUUGUAGAGUGCUGGUCCCUUCGGAAGGAGGGGCUCCCCGUGAACAACAUCUUCCAGCAAAUCUCUCCCGUGGUUGGUGACAAACAGCCUAUGAUUCUCAAGUGGCGGAUCCUGUCAGCCACCAAUGACCUGGACCGUGUGUCAGCCGUGGCGCUGCCCAAGUUGCCCAUCUCACUCACCAACACCGACCUCAAGGUGGCCAGCGACACCCAGUUCUACCCCGGCCUCGGGCUGGCCUUGGCCUUCCAUGACGGCAGCGUCCACAUCGUGCACCGGCUUUCGCUGCAGACCAUGGCUGUGUUCUAUAGCUCUGCGGCCCCGCGGCCAGUGGACGAGCCGGCCAUCAAGCGGCCUCGGACCGCAGGUCCCGCCGUCCACUUUAAGGCCAUGCAGCUCUCCUGGACCUCUCUGGCCCUCGUGGGCAUCGACAACUAUGGGAAGCUGAGCAUGCUCCGCAUCUCGCCCUCCAUGGGCCACACACUGGACGUCAACCUGGCGCUGCGGCACCUGCUCUUCCUGCUCGAGUACUGCAUGGUGACCGGCUACGACUGGUGGGACAUCCUGCUGCACGUGCAGCCCAGCAUGGUGCAGAGCCUGGUGGAAAAGCUGCAUGAGGAAUACACGCGCCAGAACGCGGCCCUGCAGCAGGUGCUGUCCACCCGGAUCCUGGCCAUGAAGGCCUCACUGUGCUGGCUGUCGCCCUGCACAGUGGCUCGCGUGUGCGACUACCACACCAAGCUCUUCCUCAUCGCCAUCAGCUCCACCCUCAAGUCCCUACUGCGUCCACACUUCCUCAACACACCCGACAAGAGUCCCGGCGACCGGCUGACCGAGAUCUGUGCCAAGAUCACGGACGUCGACAUUGACAAGGUCAUGAUCAACCUCAAGACGGAGGAGUUUGUUCUGGACAUGAACACACUGCAGGCACUGCAGCAGCUCCUGCAGUGGGUGGGUGACUUCGUGCUCUACCUGCUGGCCAGCCUGCCCAACCAGGGCUCUCCGCUGCGGCCGGGGCACAGCUUCCUGCGGGACGGCACCUCCCUGGGCGUGCUGCGGGAGCUGAUGGUCGUCAUCCGCAUCUGGGGCCUGCUGAAGCCCAGCUGCCUGCCCGUGUACACGGCCACCUCGGACACCCAGGACAGCAUGUCCCUGCUCUUCCGGCUGCUCACCAAGCUCUGGAUCUGCUGCCGCGACGAGGGCCCGGCAAGCGAGCCGGACGAGGCCCUGGUGGACGAGUGCUGCCUGCUGCCCAGCCAGCUGCUCAUCCCCAGCCUGGACUGGCUGCCCGUCAGCGACGGCCUAGUCAGCCGCCUGCAGCCCAAGCAGCCCCUGCGCCUGCACUUCGGCAAGGCGCCCACGCUACCGGGCAGUGCCACCAGCUUACAGCUCGACGGCCUCAUCAGGGCGCCGGGCCAGCCCAAGAUCGACCACUUGCGGAGGCUGCACCUGGGAGCCUACCCUACGGAGGAGUGCAAGGCCUGCACCAGAUGUGGCUGCGUCACCAUGCUCAAGUCGCCCAACAGGACGACAGCCGUCAAGCAGUGGGAGCAGCGGUGGAUCAAGAACUGCCUGUGCGGCGGGCUGUGGCGGCGGGUGCCCCUCAGCUACCCCUGACCCCAGGCUGCUAUAAAUGGAUUUCCGGCCCAUUCCAUGGGACGCUGCCCUGGCUGGUGAGGGAUCCCACACACGUGGACUCUCAUUGGGUGCGUUAAAAAACAGCCGGUCUGGAUGUGUGGCUGAAACCCAGGGGUCUCUAAAGGCUGUCGGGAUGUGCAUGGUGGGGCAGAGAGAGCCACGGGCAGGGGCCUCCGUGAUUGGCUGCAGCAGGUGAGAAACGGCCCCGCCAGCCUUGGUGUUUGCCCAUCGUGGGGCCGUGACCCACGUGCCCCCUCCCAGGACCCUCGGAUCCCAAGGGACAUGUCUGGAUGCCCAGAGUCCUGGCUCAGAGGGUGCAGGACUGCUGGGUGUCCGAGCAGAUACUUCAGGUGACUCUGCUGUGGGUUCCUGCCUCACUUGCCCCCCUGUACCUGUGCAGGGGUUUUGAACCUAGGUGAGCCCGGCUGGGAAGGGCAGGCCCAAUAAACAUUCCUCUGCACCCCA